AUGGCGACCAGCCGAGCCUCCCUGCGCCCUGAUGUCAUGCCUCUCCUCGUGAGGCGACCGACAACCCUCACCUGCACCCGAUGCACGAGCCGCGCCCUCCCCGUCACCUACCGCCGUUCCAUCUCCCUGACGGUGCCGCGGCCCUCCUCCUCCUCCCGCCGAACCCAGGACUUCUCCUCUGGCUUCACGAGUAGCUAUGAUCCCAGUGAUGAGGGCCGUGGGCCCAUGUUCAACAAGACCAACUUUGCCGUUCCCAGCUUCUACCCGAGGGACCUGAAGAAGCGAGUGGACGAGUACGUCGUCGGCCAGCACCGGGCCAAGAAGAUCAUAUGUUCCACCGUAUUCAAUCACUACCAGAGCCUCCGGCGCCGGCGCCAACGUGACGAGGAGGACCGCAAACAACGGGAGAAGCUCCAGAGGCAGCGUUAUGCACGCGACCGAGACGCGCACGAGAGACUACGUGAUAUUCACCCUGCCUCAGAUGACUAUCCCGGCCACUUUGAAUCCGUCGAGCAUCUCAGUGAUCAACCCGACCCCCGUGCGUCCGCUGACGACCUGAACAUUGCCGAAGAGCCCACGGGACCGCUCAAUGUCAAGAUUGACAAGUCCAACCUCCUUGUCAUGGGCAACACGGGCACAGGGAAGACGUACAUUCUAGAAACGCUGAGCAAGAAGCUCAAUGUACCCUUUACGAUAGCCGACUGUAACGCCUUUACCCAGGCUGGCUAUAUUGGCCAGGAUGUUGAGACGUGUAUCGAGAGGCUCCUGGUAGAGGCCAACUACGACAUCAAAGCAGCCGAGAACGGCAUCGUUGUGUUGGACGAAUUUGACAAGCUCGCCUCCAAGACGCCCGCGCACGGUAGGGAUGUCAGCGGCGAGGGCGUGCAACAAGCGUUGCUGAAGCUCGUCGAGGGCUCCCGUGUGACUCUGAACGUCAAGGAAAACAGGUCGUCUCGCUCGACCCCGCCCAUGACCACAAACUACAACUCGGGCGGCAGCUCUCCAUCGUCCUCUCAGUCCUCGCCGCCCCAGGGCAAGGUCGACCAGUACACCAUCGACACGUCCAAUAUCUUGUUCAUCAUGUGUGGCGCGUUUGUCGGCCUGCGGUCCAUUGUCGAACGCCGCGUCUCCAAGCCCUCCAUGGGGUUCGGCUCCGACCUGCGAGGCCGCCAGAACCUAUCCGGUGACAAGCAUGACCUGCCUAAGCAUCUCUUCGACCACUUGCCCCACACCAACCCCGACGCGCCGGCCUCAACACAUACCCCGCUAGACCUCACCACACCAGCAGACCUGCAGGCCUUUGGGUUCAUCCCCGAGCUCAUAGGCCGCGUCUCCAACAUAUGCGCCCUGAACCCCCUGACCCUCGACGACCUGUUCCGAAUCCUGACCGAGACGCGUCAUAGCCUCGUCGCCCAGUACACCGCCCUCUUCGAGACGUACCCCUCCCGUCUGCACUUUACGCGCAAGGCGCUUUAUGCCAUUGCGGCCGAGGCUGCGAAGGCCGAGACGGGAGCCCGCGGUCUCAAGAUGGAGAUGGAGCGCGUGCUCGCUGAGCCCAUCUUUGAGGCACCCGUGCCGUACGUGCUCAUCACCGAGGGCUGCGUCAAGGGCACCGAAAAGGCCAGCUACUGGGGCAAGGACGGACGGAUCGAGCUGGAGCGGGUCAUGCGGGAGGAGGACGAGACACACGAGACCCCCCAGCCGGAGACGACAUUUGAGCAGUACAGGGAGACGGGGCAGAGCGGUGCCUGA